GAGUAUUAGGUGAUGACACCAAAGCCUAUAUUAACUAUCUGAAGUUCUUACUUCUUAUUGUUAAUAUCGACCAAUCAUAUUGAGACACAAGACAUUACCAAACCACCAAAUGACAUACAUAAGCCCAAAAGAAACUUAAAAUCUUUUGUCUCUUUGUCCCCUUAACCUUUUUAGUAAACUGUAACGCCUCUCACUUGAACAAUUCAAAUUAACACAAUCACUGUCUCUCCGUCCAUCACAAUGACAACUAACCUCCACUUUCCGAUUACACUGAAACUCAUUCUCUCUACCUUAGCAUCUCUCCUCGUGAUCACUCUCUUCUUCAUCACCAGAACCGAUUUCUCACCGUCUUCAUAUCAGCCAGCGCCGGCCAAAACUAUCCAGAUCUCCAGCUCCUCCACCAGAACUAAAGUACAGAGCCAAAACUCCGUGAGUUGCGGUAAGAUCCCUCCUUCGCUCGCCGAUGCUCUCAUCCACUACGCCGCCUCCAAUGUCACUCCCCAGCAAACACUCUCUGAAAUCUCCGUCACCAAGAAGGUCCUAGACAAGACAUCGCCGUGCAACUUUCUUGUGUUUGGUCUUGGCCACGACAGCUUGAUGUGGGCGUCACUAAACCACGGAGGAAGAACUAUAUUCUUAGACGAGGACGAGUCAUGGAUACGCCGGAUCGCCGAGAAGUUCCCUUCUCUGGAAUCGUACCACGUACGGUACGAGACCAAGGUGAGAGACGCGGCGGCUCUGAUGUCGGCGGCGAGAGAUAGAGAGGAGUGCCGUCUCGGUGCGUCGAUGGAUCUUAGAGUUUCCAAGUGCGAGCUUGCGCUGAAGGGCUUACCGGAGGUGGUUUACGAGAGGGAGUGGGAUUUAAUCAUGGUGGAUGCUCCGACGGGGUUUCACGAAGAUGCUCCGGGGAGGAUGUCGGCGAUUUACACGGCGGGGAUGCUCGCGAGGAGCCGAAAGAACGGAGAGAACACGGCUGUUUUUGUGCAUGAUGUGGAUAGGACUGUGGAGGAUGAGUUCUCUAUGGCGUUUCUGUGCAGAGAUUACAUGACGGAGCAAGAGGGACGGCUCCGCCAUUUUACGGUGCCUAGCCACUGGGACUCUAACAUCGCCGGCGGUAAAUACUGUCCCUAAUCCGCCGAUGAUAAAAUGAUUUUUUAAAAAAAAAAUUAUAUAUAUUUUGGCUGUGACCCGUGAGACUAUCUAAAUGAUAUUUUAAUUCAACAUUUUACCGUUUAAUCAAAUUUCUUCCACCUCUUUUUUUUUUGGACAACAAUAACUAAACUAUGAUUUUUCUUCCAUCUAAUAAUUUAAAACACACUUAAUUUUAUGUUAUAAUAAAUAAAGUUCUUUAGUAAAUUCAAACAAGUUUUGAUAAGAAAAAUAUGGUUAAUACAAAUUAAAUGAAACAAUAUUUAUGUAUAAAAUACAGAAUAAUCAAUUUGUAUUAAAUUUCUGUUAAAAUAAUUUAAAAUAAAAAUUAAAU